AUGGAAAGACUUCUUCGACAACUACUUAUGGUAAGUUGUAUUGAGCUAUGACGUGGCAAAAGAAGACUAGUGUUAAAUUCAACCUUACCACGUCAUAACUCUUUCAGUUCUCAAGAUUCUUCAAAAAACAAUUCAUAAAAAAUCAGGGCCUUAAAGCAACACCCUCGUAUAAUAAGGCCAUUGCGAAAUGCUUUCAAACACCAAAAUAUAUAAAAUUAACCUAUCCAGCUAUACUCACAAGCAAUAUGUAAAAGAAAUACUCAAAAACGAUCAAGUUUGACCACUUUUGAGAAAAAAAAUUAUUUUUUUUUGAAAAUCGCCUGCAGAUUGUGCAGAUCCGCAAUUUCAUGAAAUUGUGCAAACACUGUGACGACAAUUGUGUGCUACAGUACCCCUUUCAACAUUUUUUCAACAAAAAGUGAAUUGUUUCACUGAAAACAACGAAAUAAAUUAUAACAAUGAUUUCUGAACAUCAUUAACUAUCUCUACUUUCAUUUUUGACAACGAUAUUUCAGUUUUAUAAUGCAUAUUCCGGUCAAAAACUGAAAAAACACAAUUUCCUUUGAAAAAAUUAUUUUUCGUCUGAAAUAUUGAAUCUUCGUGUUUAUAUUUCUUCACUUUAUUUUUUUCAUACCCAGAAAACAGUUGUUUCCAUGCAAAUUGUCAUUUUCCGAAAAAAUGGAAAAAAAAUUGCAAAAAAAUAAAAAGAAAACAACGAGACUCCGCGUUGACGCUAGCCCGCGUUGUUUGAAUUUGAGUUUUUUCAAUUUUUUAAUGGGUUUCCAUAUUUCGGCUAAUACUUAUUGAAACGUUUUGAAUUUUUUCUCCGAACUAGAAAACAGUAAAACUAAGCUAAAUCUAAAAUUUGAGAACAUUUGGGCUUUUUUCAAGAAAGUGCCUAUUAUACGAGGGUGUUGCUAUCUCUAUUAUACGAGGGUGUUGCUAUCUAAAUAUCUCUGUUUAGGGUGCUCAACCUCGUCCACCAACUGAUCAACUCAAUCAUCCAGAUACCAGUGAAACGUAGGUUUUCAGUUAUUCUCAAAAAUUGCUCCAAUUUGUUUUUCAUUCCAGCGUGAAUAUUUCUGCACUCGCUCUUAUCAAAAUGAUGAGACAUGCAAGAUCUGGUGUCCCUCUCGAAGUAAUGGGUUUGAUGCUUGGAACAUUUAUCGAUGAUUAUACUAUAAAUGUGACCGAUGUUUUUGCGAUGCCACAAAGUGGAACAAGUGUAACUGUUGAAAGUGUUGAUCCAGUUUAUCAAACAAAACAUAUGGAUUUGCUGAAACUUGUGGGAAGAACAGAAAAUGUUGUUGGAUGGUAUCAUUCACAUCCAGGAUUUGGUUGCUGGUUGUCAUCUGUUGAUGUCAAUACUCAACAAUCAUUUGAAGCACUUCAUCCAAGAGCUGUUGCAGUUGUUGUUGAUCCAAUUCAAAGUGUUAAAGGAAAAGUUAUGCUUGAUGCAUUUCGAUCAAUUAAUCCAUUGAAUUUAUCACUUCGUGCUCUUGCUCCAACUGCUGAACCACGUCAAACAACUUCGCAUCUUGGAAAUCUUGUGCAACCAUCUUUGAUUUCUGUUUUGCAUGGGCUUCAGACAAAAUAUUAUUCAUUGAAUAUCACUUAUCAUUUGACACCACAAGAACAACGGAUGAUUAUGUGUUUGAAUAAAAAAAGCUGGUAUGAUCAAUUGGUAAGAUUUUUAUAGGGCGAUAGAAAAUUCUUCUGUCCAUUUUCAAGUUAUUUUGAAGCAUUAAACUAUCUGAAAUCAAAAACUCUAAAAAGUUCCAAUUCUCGGAAGAAUUUUCUUGCAAUAAAAUUUGAUUUCGAAAUUUAGCCUAUUCAAAAAAAAUUUCUGAAAAUUAAGCUAAUUUUCAGAGACGUUUUUUUAUAUUUAGAAAAAGUGCAAAUUUUUUUAGGCCUAUUUUGUCCUAAUUCCUAAUUUUUCAGAAUCUUCGAAAAUACUCGAAACUCGAAAAAGAGACCGAUGAAACCUUCACAAAAAUCAACAAAUUGUUGGAAAUCUUCACCAAAGAAACAUUGGAAGGUGGCUCGAAAAAUCGAACUGAAGAAGAUGUGAAAAAAUAUGGAAGAGUCAAUGUCAAAAAUCAAUUGGAACAAUUGACUGGAAAUGUUUUGAAUGAGACUAUUUGUCAUCAAUUAAUGGCAAUGAUUAAUACCAAAUCAUUGAAUUGA